UUAUGGAAGCUAAGCUUGUCUGUAAGUAUUUAAGAUCUGGGAUGUUUUCACACUUUCUUUUGCGAAUUUCACACAGUAUUGCUUUUGGGGUGAAGGGUGUAUUUUCCCCACAAAGCGACGAACCCGUUGUAAACCGAUCAAUUGCAGCGAUAUAGAGUCCGACACAGCCCUUCAAACGUAAAUUAUUGUAAUCAAAGGUUUGCAGCUGUCAAAAAUCAUUGGCGCCAAUGUUUUCAAUUGGCGUUUAUGAACGCGUAGGGUUUGGGCAACUUUUCUAAAGUAUGUAAUUUGUACUAAGGAUUGUGCUAGAAUUUUAUCAGUUGUGGAUUGUAGUGAUCAUCAGCGCAUCUUUUCGCAUGCGGAAUCAUACUGACGGAAUCUAACCAAACAAUACCUACUAUCCAGCCAAGCGAUGCCUUUGCUCAAGCGAAAACUUUUACAGAAAGUCACCGAUGAACCAUUGCAGGACAGCGAUGAAGUGUUUGUGUGCGAGAAAACUGGAGAACUAUUUGCCAACUAUGACGAUUUCUUUAAUCGCACCAUGCUGUUAUCUUCCACCGUCUGGAGCUGUGCGAUGACUGGCCGAAGCAACUUGACGUAUGCGGACGCCCUUGAAAGUGAAAGAUCUGCUAAACGUAGUCUAACCACAAUUCCUGCUGCCCUGGCAGGUCCGAUUUUGUUAAUCGCCUCGCGGACCAAACGUACGGGAAUACACGAUAUGGUCGGUGAUGUUCACGGUUACGUGAAAGAUGUUUACUUUAAGGGUGAAAUCGUGCACACGAAAACGGGCGUUCCAGAAACGAUACGAAAGGCCCAGAUUGCACGGGUGGUAAUGAGUGAUUCGCCAAGCGAGUAUAAUCCGUCGCGUUUGAUCUAUCACGUCGAGAGCUGUGAUGAAAAGACUCCUGCAAAUUAUUCCGUCCGAGGAGAAUCCAUAGUACGGCAAAAGAGCUGUUUGACACGGGAAAAAUGUAAAAUGUUUCUCCAGCAGCACGUUGAACGGGGGCCAAACAAAAUGCUGUGCAUCAAGACAGCUUCGCUAGAACAGUUUGUUACGUCUACCGGCUGCACCGAGGAGAAAGUGUUUUACGGACAGAAACCGAACUUUAGCGUUUCUAAAAAAUUGCUCGCCCAAAAACACAGCCACAAGGAUGCUAAGACAGAGACAGUCAGUAUCGAGGAAAGUAUCGAUUCGAUCGUCAAGGAAAACAAGCAAAAGGUGUCGAAAGCUGUUGCAAACAAAAAAGCUAUCGCAUUAAAAAAGGAAGAGCGCAAAGCAGAGCUGGCUAAACAGAAGCUUUUGGCCAAGGAACUAGAGGUGAUAGAGAGGGCGCUUCUUCUUCCGCAGGUUGCGCUGGCACAAACGGAAUACAGUGCCAUAAAGGAAGAUCUGGAACUUACGGAUCAGCGUGUCAUACCUCCAGCACGAGAGGUGCGACCGUUAAUUGGUGAGGAAAAUUUCCCCGACUUUCUUUUUAUCUUAGAGUUUCUGAAUACGUUUGGCGAUUUACUCUCAAUCGAUACUAAAUUUCCCGCUGGCGUUACGAUGGAGUUGCUCGAGCAAGCUUUGCUGUUGAGGGAAAUUAAUGGACCCCUGAAUGAUAUCCUACAGUUGCUGCUGAGUGUAAUAGUUGGUGCCUUGAAAGAUGUGGCAGCGUCUAAUAAAGGUAACUUAGAACCAGGCACCAAAAAGGUGAUCAAAUGGUGCACCAAACAAUUCUCUACCAAUCUUACCGAUCUGCCGAGGGAUUCGACAACUGUUUCGGAACUAGUGCGAUUGCAUAUAAUCGCUUAUAAUCAAGCAACCCAUGAUGGCGAUGCUUGUUUCGUUCUGAUACGUGACCAUCCACAUAUACUGCAGGCCUUAACAACGCAAACCAUCUUCCAGUUGCCGGUUAAAAAUGUUAUGCAAAUCAUCUGUGCCCUUAUUCACCAAUUGUUGCUGACGGAUGAAUUUCUAGAUCGGAUGGAGCAAAUUCGAGUAGCUCGCAACAAACUCAAAAACAAUCAACAGGAACAGCAACGUUUACCACGCAAGACUGCGGCGCUAAAGCAGGAUGCGCAGGAGAGCAUGAUAAAAACAUUAGCAUCCCAUGAGGGUCAGAUGGUGGGCAGUAAGUUGGAAGAAUGUCGGAAGGAGCUGGAGCAAAAGUUGACCGCCGAGCUGGAACAAAUCGAAACGGACGCUUGCCUUAAAAUGAAGGAACUCCGAAGCGAGUGGGAGGCUUUGAAACGUAACUUCCACUGGUAUCAAGUGCACCUAGGCUCCGAUCGGGGGUUCCGUAAUUAUUGGCAGUUCCAAUCGUUACCUGGUUUGUUUGUGGAGCAUGAUAGAAAUGGUAUUGGCCGUUGCCUAGAGCGAGUGACAAACAACAUUCCUGGACUGGCACAAUGUGAACAGAAGAGGCGUAAAAGGUAUAUUUCCGCUUCGAUUCUGAAGUGCGCUGGGAACAGUAAUGGAAUGUUAGAAAAAGAGGAGAAUGUUUACGAGCAACUCCUAUUGCGCGGUAGUACUCUGCUAGAGCACAGCAACGUACGGGAAAAACGUAAAGUUGUACUGGAUAAAGCGAAUGUAAAUGGUGUAAAAAGUGCUACUUCUUCGAAGAUGAAAAAGGCAAAAGCGAUUACUAUUCCUAUCGCGCAUCCAACCAACCGCGAGUUAUUCAUGUGUACUGGUGAUGAAGAGAACUGUCCUGUUCACACUUCCAUCGAUAACUCCCCCAUUGCUAAGUGGGGCUUCUACGCAACGCGGCAGGAGCUGGAUGCACUCAUCAAAAGUCUCAACCCAAGAGGUCAACGCGAGCAAGCACUCCGUGUAGCAUUAAUGUUGUACCGUGAGAGCAUAGAAUCGAGGAUGGAAGACUGCCCGAUUGCGAAUCUAUCCAUUCAAGUGAACGAUCAUCCAAUGACGCCUACCAGUGUGAUUGAACCGCAAAGCAAGGAGACUAUGUCAGAUAUGCCACAAAGCGAUUUACUCGAAACAAUGUUCCGAGAGAGCUUGCUCGAACUGGAAACCAGAAUUAGUGUCGGUGGUUUGGGUAAACUGAAGGUUAACAGUAUCGACAAAUGGCGCAAUGCAAUCUUGCAGGGUUCAUACGAUUCGCAAACCAAUCAACUACAGUGGGGUGGAUACGAGUCCAAAAAUAAUUCCUCUGGUGAGGAAUCUGAUGCGGAACCGGUUGAUGUAUUUGCAUUGGGUAAGAAAGAUCCAGGCAACAAUCUACCAAUUUCGACAAAUACUAAUGCAUCUACCCAGAGUAACGAUGCAUCGCAGCUGUUCCAAGAACUGGUCCGUUCGAUGGCUUCUGCGUUGCUUCAAGUCGAGCAAGGCAUUGAUAUUAAAUUUUACAGACAUCCAUUUGGACCGAAAGGAAUUCACAAGGGCCCCAACUCGAUCGCAUACUGGCGAUACCACUUUCAGAAAAGGAUACUUCGUUGGGAAGCUUCACUAAUGCGUGCCACUUCCUUCUCGCAACUGUUUCUACAUUAUCACGUUCUGUACGAUGCAAUACGAUGGUCCAGAUCUAUCGAGCGAGCUGUCUGCAUGGUUUGCAGGUUGCAAGGAGGUGAUGCCAGCGUUUUGCUUUUGUGCCAUGAAUGUAGUCGGGCCUGCCACACGUACUGUCUGAAACCAAAGCUCAAGAAAAUCCCUGAAGGUGAUUGGUUUUGCACACAAUGCAUACAAGCAAUGAAUGACUCCGAUGAACUGUCUAUUAGUGAGGAUGAUUCGCCUAACGAUAAUGUUGAAGGUAAUGCAAAAGAAUCCACGUCCGAAGAAUCGGAACACGGUGAUUUCUCGCCGAGCGACGAAGACGAUACGACCGAUACCGAUACCGAUACCGAUUACGAAGCAAGCGAAAGCGACGAAGAUUACGAAUAUUACGAACCACCCGUCAAGUGCGUAAAGCGUCCCGCCAAGGGCGUACAGCCUCCCGCCAAAAGCAUACAGAAGCAGACAGAUACGAACGAAGGGCAUGCCAAAAAAAGGAAACUUUCGAAAGACAUAAGCACCUCAACCGCUAGACAACCGUCUCUGGACACCGGAGUGAACAAGAUAAAUGCUUCGGCUAGAGCAACCCGGUCAACUAGGAACCAGGGAAAGGAAACAAUACGGAACGAAAGAUCCUCGAAGCGUGUCCGACAAACAGAAUCCAAGAAUGUAAAGCAUACCAAAAACAGAAAAGCUUCGGAAGACAUUAAUAUCCCAACCACUGGAAGACGGUCGUUGCGAAAUUCGAAAUAGGAAGGUUUCCCUAGUUCAUAAUAUUGUGAAGAUAAUUACAGAAUUACGCAAAGCAAAAGCGGAUGUGGUUUUAGUCGGUGAAAUUCGUUUUUUAACUAUUCUUUCUUAUAAACAAAUAAUUUAAAACAAAUUUUCGGAUAAUUAAAUUUUAAACAAACCCAAAA